AAAAAAGGAAAAGAAAAGAUAUACAGACAAAAAACAAAAAAUCGAAGCCAGGGCAUUUCUACGGUUAGGGUUUUGAUUUGAACAUGGAAGUGAAGAAUCUGCUCAAGGACAAGAAGUUCUGGCUUGCUUCCUUUCUCAUUACCUGGGCCGCUGCUCUCCAGGGGCAUAUGAUGUGGUUGCAGAGGCAGGACUCCUUCAAGCAGAAGUUUGGUACUCUCAAUACAAAUGGUAGUGAUGAUGAGAAAUGAAUCACCCCUGUGCUAUGUUUUAAGCAAAACAGGGUCUUGGUAGUUGUUGAUUUCAAGUGCUUCAUCUGAAAUCAUUCUGUUGAAUACUGGUGAAACCGAUUACAUAAACUAUAAAGGGGAAAAAAAAAAAAAAACCUCGGUUUCUUUUU